AGCUCACAUGAGAUAGUGACGAAUACUUCCUUCCUUUUGUAGCCUACCAUACAUUCACAUUUAAUCUAACCGUAGGCCUACAAUGGUUUUAAAAAAACUUUCUUGUCACUUCAUUAAAUUCACGCCGUCAUUUAGGCUACUAAACCCACCCCCACGAGGGUGUGUCUUGCCAUUCUACACCGUCGUGUCCAACCCAAGUGAUAUCGUACGGGGAUGGAUAAUAAACCUGUGGACACAACAUGGUGUGGCACAGUAAUUGAUCGCUUUUUUGCGAUAGCCUGGAGAUAAAUAGAGGAGUGUUCAUUCGGUUAGUUAAACUCUUUGCCUCUGUAAUGGAAAGUCUGUCACAUAUUGCAAAGCACUGCUUUCGGAUCACACCGUAAGCCAGUCUAAGAGUUACUUUAUUUCGGUCUCUGAGUUGAUUUGCAGGCAUUUUGGGAGAGAAAGGGAUUGUGCCUUCAGACAAAACAAGACACGUUUCGCCAGAGCAAGUGAGAUUGAGGACGUCUUCUGCUCGGCGACUGACAACCUGACUUACCAGAAAUUCUGGAGACACACGGAUGGUUUCUCUCAAUUCCUGCAUAGACUAGCCUACAUGGUUAUGAAGAUAUGAAGUAGCUCGAAGCAAGAGGUCCGGUGACAUUCUGACAACAUUGUUUCAAGGAAACCCAGGUUAAGCGAACCUAUGUCAUAGGACCUCCAAAACCUACUUGAGGACAAAUCAUCGUUGAUAUUUAAACUAUCCGGAGAUGCAGACGUUUCUGAAGGGUAAACGCGUGGGCUACUGGCUCAGCGAGAAGAAGAUCAAGAAGUUGAACUUCCAGACAUUCGUGGAAAUGUGCAGGAAAAGGGGCAUUGAAAUAAUCCAGCUUGAUCUCAGUCGACCUCUGGAGGAGCAGGGCCCGCUGGAUGUGAUCAUCCACAAGCUGACUGACCACAUCCUGGAGGCAGACCAGAGGGACACACAGGCCCAGCUACUGGUCCAGAGUGUUCAGGAUUUCAUAGAUGCCCACCCAGAGACUGUGGUCCUGGACCCAAUGCCUGCUAUUCGUACCCUGCUGGACCGUGCCAAGUCCUAUCAGCUGAUCCACAAGAUUGAGGACUUAAUGCAAGAUGACAGGAUCUGCUCCCCUCCGUUCCUGGUGGUGAGGAACGAGUGUUGCCGAGAGACCCUGGGCCAGCUUCAGCAGCAUGGCAUCACCUUCCCUUUCAUCUGUAAAACCCAGGUGGCUCAUGGAACCAGCUCUCAUGAGAUGGCCAUCAUCUUCAGCGAGGAGGACCUGAAGAGCAUCAAGCCUCCCUGCGUCAUCCAGAGCUUCAUCAACCACGACGCGGUGCUCUACAAGGUGUUUGUGGUCGGCGAGGCCUACAGCGUGGUCGAGAGGCCGUCUCUCCGGAACUUUCCCACCGGCCCAACAGACAGAAGAGCCAUAUCCUUCAACAGCCACCAUGUCUCCAAGCCAGAGUCUUCGUCUGACCUGACCUCUAGGGACAAUCUGGAAGGGCAGUCCCAAGUGCCAAGUGACGACGUCAUUCAGAUGAUCUGCAGAUGCCUGCGCCAGACCCUGGGAAUAUCCCUGUUUGGGAUCGACAUCAUCAUCGACAACCAGACUGGCCAACACGCUGUCAUCGACAUCAAUGCAUUCCCAGGUUACGAGGGGGUUCCGGAGUUCUUCGACGACCUCCUGAGCCUCGUGACGAGCGCGCUGCAGGCCAAGGCCUCCUCGGCGGGCGGGGUCCCGCGGGCGAACGCGCGGGCGACAGGUGUCCCGGGACAAGGUCAGGGCACCCCCCCCUCCGCCGCCGAGACACCGGCCUGCACCAAGCCCCGCUUGGGGGGAUGCAACGGGGACGUGUCGGCCAGCUUCAAGAAACACUGUGCGCCCUCAUCUUUAGCAACAAAGGCCUCGUCCCAGUGACCACUUAACGUGUGUGUCUGUCUGAUUGUGAGUGAGUGAGUGAGUGAGUGGUGUAUGUGUGUGUGAGUGUGUGUGUGUGUGUCUACUUCUUGAACACCAAGGCCUUGUCUAUGUUUAAUGGUUUACAAAGUGACGGAAGAUCAACCCAUAUUGACUGACCAGUCGAUGCCUUCUGACAAAGACUCCAAGGCAGCCUUUGUGUCUGUCUGUGCCAAUAGGUUUCUUUCAGGAUUCUAACUGCAGCUUAAACGGUUGGCAAUGAGUGAGGUAUUUACAACCAUUUACAGGACUGUGUUAAACAUUAAGAGAUGAGAAAAGCGGGGUUUGGGAAAAGUUGAAUUCUAGUACUGGAUUACAUGAGCUGUUUUCAGGUGUGAGUACUUGACUGUAUGAUCUGUAUUUUGCACUCUUUAUGAAAAGCUCAGAUGCAAAAGCCUCUAAAUGAGAAUUCCGUCAAAAAAUGAGACAACGAUGGUGAGUGAAUGCUCUCCACAGAUAGUAUACAUUAAUCAAACCAGUUAAACACCACUCUCUUCCUGGUCUGAUUGAUCUGUAGGUAAAAACCUAUAGGAGCCUGAUAAAAAAAAAGGCCAAUUUAAAAGGAAAGACGGAUUUAGAGGGUUUUGCAUCUGAACUCUUCAUAUAUGUAUUUGAAGAGUUUGAUUCCAAAACACUAUAUCCUCCAUUACAAUUAAUUUUCUUAAAAUUUACAUUUUGUUUUCUAGGUAAUGUCAGUUGAACUACAAUUGGGUUACUGUUAUUUUAUUUAUCUUUACUCAAUCAAAAUAGCAAAACUGCAAUUUUAUUGAUAUUGCCUGAAAUACACAAUUAAAUAACAAGACUUAAUGAAUGUUUUUAGAACUGGAGAUAUAGCAUUUUGGAACCAAACUCUUCAUAUAUUAUGUAUACAUAUAUAUGGGGAGAAAAUAAGGAUAAGAUGGGGCACCUAACGCCUUAACAAGAUGUUUCAUUCCUUACUUAAUUACUAAAUAGCAUAAUUUAGAACAAUUAUAUUUACAGUAAUGUCUUCGAAUCAGAUGGAGGUGAAUAGCAGAAUAUUGGGUGGUAUGGGGGAUUGGGUUUGAUGUGUGAAAGAGUUUCUAUUGAUUAUUUUGUACUUAUUUGUAAAUAUUGCAUUAUGUUUGAUUAACUUAUGCAUCAGUAUGUUGUAGUUCACUGUAAAGCUCACAGUAUAUACAGUACAUAUACAGCUGUUCUUUUGAGUGGUUGGUGACCAGAUCAGAGACACAAUGUCUAGGCAUUCGUUCUCAUUUUUUUCCCCACAAACGGCACAUUGACGUUAUACGGACAUGAACAUGACGAACAACAUGACGAGCACAUGUUGAGAGACUUGGUGUCUGUGUUAGCAAGAAACAUCACCCAUAGCAAUGGACUCUGGAAUACAUCUGGCCCUGAAGUGGCCCUGAUGUGGCCCAGAUCUGGCUUGUGUCUGUCACACCCACCCCAGAGAUGGGCCAGCUCUGUCUUUAGAGCCAGGUGCUCCGCUGCAUUCCUGACAGACACAGACAGAACUGAACAAAGGUAUCCCUGCAGAGAGAAAAGAAAAAAAACCAGAACACGAGAUAGCCGCCUGAUGGCCACCUCUCUCUCUCCUACCACUUUGUGUAAUAAUGUACUCUCCGCACGUAACCAUGACAACUACUGUAGAACAGCUAAUGCAGUUGGGCUAGAGAGCUUUUGGCUCUCACACGACCCUCUCCAUGCACUGUACAUACACUAUACCUGCGUGUUGCACAUAGGAUAUGUGGUGACGUUUUGUUCUUUGCACAUUUUGUUGGAGCAAAACUAACAAUUUUUGGACAUUUUAUGAUUCAAGUAUGAGGCAACAGGGAAAAAAAAUAAAGAAGCACAAGAAUGUGUGAUGAUGACGAUGA